CGAGAAACCGCACCCUUAAAUCCUUUGGUCUGACUGAAUCUUCAACUUCGGCCCUUCACAAUUUUGAUCCUAGCAGCCGUCAAAAUUUGAAUAUACUGACACUUCAAUAAUUAUUAGUUAUGAACGCCGUCGGAGUCGAACAGUACGGACCCAUAGACAAUUUGAUAUGUCGGAAGAUUCCGAAGCCGGAUAAGCCACAGGGGAAGGAACUGCUUAUUAAGGUAGAAGCUGCCGCUGUUAAUCCAAUCGAUACCAAAGUUAGGAACGGAACAUAUGAUGACGCACCAGACUAUUAUAAAUUUGUUCCUCGCCCAUUCCAUAUAAUGGGGUAUGACGGCGCCGGGAUAGUCCAAGAAGCUGGCCCAGAAUGUACCAGAUUCAAGCCCGGUGAUGAAGUUUACUAUGUCUCUUCGCCGACAAAGCAAGGAGUGUACUCUGAAUACCAGUUAGUCCCGGACGUCACCGUCGGGCAUAAGCCGAAAUCACUGGAUUUCGUCGAGGCUGCUGCGAUGCCGCUAACAUACGGGACGGCUUACGAGUCCUUAGUGGACCGACUGGAGAUCAAAAAGGGAGAAAAAGCCGGUAUUCUGAUAAUAAAUGGUGCCGGUGGUGUAGGAGCCAUGGCAUCACAAAUUGCGCGGUGGGUACUUGAUUUACCUGUCGUGAUUACCACGGCAUCGCGACCUGAGACGAUCGAUUUCACGAAGAAAAUGGGCGCCACUCAUGUUAUCAAUCACCGGGAGGAUUUGAAAAAGCAGAUUGACAAGCUUCGGCUUGAUGUGCCUAUCAAAUAUGUCUAUAUUACUCAUUCCACGACGCAGUACCUUGGUGUUUGUUCGGAUAUCAUUGCACCACUAGGGAAAGUUUGCUCUAUUGUUCAAUCUGCCGAUAUGAACAUGUACGGUACUCAGUUUAUGUCUAAGUCUCUAACUUUCGUCUGGUGUUGGCUUGGAUCGAGGAUGUACCAUGGCGUUAAGACCGAUCAGUGGGAAAUGCUGGAAGAGCUUUCAACUUUUAUUGAUGCAGGCAAGAUUAAGUGCCACUUGACGAGGCGACUGCAAUUGAAUCUUGAAGGGAUCAAAGAGGCACAUAGGAUCCUUGAGUCUGGAAAAGCCAUUGGAAAGGUCGGGCUUGGUUUAUGCGAAGGGGAAUGGACUUAAGUCGUCUUGAAGCUCGGAGGGCGGUGUUGCUUCUUAUCACGUUACCUUUUCUUUCUGGGCAUUCUAGUCUGUUGGUAUCUAUAAUUUGUAUGCGUUUUAUAUGACAAAUCUCUAUAUAAAUAUAACUAGCACGUGCGUCCGGAGUAUCCA